AAGGCGCUGCGCAGGCGCAGUGGCCGCUACCGCAGGCAGGGGGCGGCAACAUGGCGGAGUGAGCGGCGGCGUCGGGGCUUCACAACAACAGUGGCGCUGGUAGCAGCGGCCGCAGCAGCGUCAGUAGCGUCGGCCACAGCCGGAACCUCAGCACCGGCCAGCGCCGUGACCAGCUGCUCGCGCCCCAGGGGUCUUCGGAGCGGCUGCAGCAUCUCCGCGGGGGGCGGGCCGGGCCGGACGGACCGGGAAGGGGAGAGAGAGGAGGCAGCGGCACAGCUGCUGGGCGGACACUGCCGCUCGCCCGGCAGCGGUUAGCGGCGCCGCCACCGCCGGGAAUAAGCCAGCAAAUAACCCACCGCCUCCGCCGGGGAGGGCGCCGGAGCGGGCCGGGCUCAGGCGCAGGCGGGGAGCGGGGCCGGCGCAGCGGCGCUGGUGGAUGCUGGGGCUCCGAGGCGACGGCCGGGGGGCGGGGGCCGCGGCAGGUAUAACGGUACCGGCGGAGGCAGCGCCUCUGCUCUUCCCUUCUCCUCAGGAGGGGGGGAAAUGGCGAGCGAGAAGCCGGGCCCGGGCCCGGGGCUCGAGCCUCAGCCCGUGGGGCUCAUCGCCGUCGGGGCCGGAGGCGGAGGCGGCGGGGGCAGCGGCGGUGGCGGCAGCGGGAUGGGGGAGCCGAGGGGGGCGUCCGGCUCCGGCUCGGUGGUGCUGCCCGCGGGGAUGAUUAACCCUUCGGUGCCGAUCCGCAACAUCCGGAUGAAAUUCGCAGUGUUGAUUGGACUCAUACAGGUCGGAGAGGUCAGCAACAGGGACAUCGUGGAGACCGUGCUCAACCUGCUGGUUGGUGGAGAAUUUGACUUGGAGAUGAACUUUAUUAUCCAGGAUGCUGAGAGUAUAACAUGCAUGACUGAGCUUUUGGAGCACUGUGAUGUAACAUGUCAAGCAGAAAUAUGGAGCAUGUUUACAGCCAUUCUACGAAAAAGUGUUCGGAAUUUACAGACUAGCACAGAAGUUGGGCUAAUUGAACAAGUAUUGCUGAAAAUGAGUGCUGUAGAUGACAUGAUAGCAGAUCUUCUAGUUGAUAUGUUGGGGGUUCUUGCCAGCUACAGCAUCACUGUCAAGGAGUUGAAGCUUUUGUUCAGCAUGCUUCGAGGAGAAAGUGGAAUCUGGCCAAGACAUGCAGUAAAAUUAUUAUCAGUUCUUAAUCAGAUGCCACAAAGACAUGGUCCUGAUACUUUUUUCAAUUUUCCUGGUUGUAGUGCUGCGGCAAUUGCAUUGCCUCCUAUUGCAAAGUGGCCUUAUCAGAAUGGCUUCACCCUAAACACUUGGUUUCGUAUGGAUCCAUUAAAUAACAUUAAUGUUGAUAAGGAUAAACCUUAUCUUUAUUGUUUUCGUACUAGCAAAGGAGUUGGCUACUCUGCCCAUUUUGUUGGCAACUGUCUUAUAGUCACAUCACUGAAGUCCAAAGGAAAAGGUUUUCAGCACUGUGUGAAAUACGAUUUUCAACCACGCAAGUGGUACAUGAUCAGCAUUGUCCACAUUUAUAAUCGAUGGAGGAACAGUGAAAUUCGGUGUUAUGUUAAUGGACAGCUCGUAUCCUAUGGUGAUAUGGCUUGGCACGUUAACACAAAUGAUAGCUAUGACAAGUGCUUUCUUGGAUCUUCCGAAACUGCUGAUGCAAAUAGGGUUUUCUGUGGUCAGCUUGGUGCCGUGUAUGUAUUCAGUGAAGCACUCAACCCUGCACAGAUAUUUGCAAUUCAUCAGUUAGGACCUGGAUAUAAGAGCACCUUCAAGUUUAAAUCUGAGAGUGAUAUUCAUUUGGCAGAACAUCAUAAACAGGUUCUGUAUGAUGGAAAGCUUGCAAGUAGUAUUGCAUUUACAUAUAACGCCAAGGCCACUGAUGCUCAGCUUUGCCUGGAAUCCUCACCAAAAGAAAAUGCAUCUAUUUUCGUGCAUUCUCCACAUGCUCUAAUGCUCCAGGAUGUGAAAGCUAUAGUGACACAUUCAAUUCAUAGUGCAAUUCAUUCAAUUGGAGGGAUUCAAGUGCUUUUCCCACUUUUUGCCCAACUGGACAAUCGGCAGCUCAAUGACAGUCAAGUGGAAACAACUGUCUGUGCUACUCUUUUGGCAUUCCUGGUUGAACUACUUAAAAGUUCAGUAGCCAUGCAAGAACAGAUGCUGGGUGGAAAAGGCUUUUUAGUCAUUGGCUACUUACUUGAAAAGUCCUCAAGAGUUCAUAUAACUAGAGCUGUCCUGGAGCAAUUUUUAACCUUUGCAAAAUACCUUGAUGGUUUAUCUCAUGGAGCACCUUUGCUGAAGCAGCUUUGUGAUCACAUUUUAUUCAAUCCAGCCAUCUGGAUACAUACACCUGCAAAGGUUCAGCUUUCCCUGUAUACUUAUUUGUCUGCUGAAUUUAUUGGAACUGCUACCAUUUACACCACCAUACGCAGGGUAGGAACAGUAUUACAGCUAAUGCACACAUUAAAAUAUUACUACUGGGUCAUUAAUCCUGCUGACAGCAGUGGCAUUACACCUAAAGGAUUAGAUGGUCCCCGGCCAUCACAAAAAGAAAUUAUAUCACUACGGGCAUUUAUGCUACUUUUUCUGAAACAGCUCAUACUGAAGGAUCGAGGGGUCAAGGAAGAUGAACUUCAGAGUAUAUUAAAUUACCUACUUACAAUGCAUGAGGAUGAAAAUAUUCAUGAUGUGUUACAGUUACUAGUGGCUUUAAUGUCAGAACACCCAGCCUCAAUGAUACCAGCAUUUGAUCAAAGAAAUGGAAUAAGGGUAAUCUACAAACUCUUGGCUUCUAAAAGUGAAAGUAUUUGGGUUCAAGCUCUGAAGGUUCUGGGAUACUUUCUGAAGCAUUUAGGUCACAAGAGAAAAGUUGAAAUUAUGCAUACCCAUAGUCUUUUCACUCUUCUUGGAGAAAGGCUGAUGUUGCAUACAAACACUGUGACUGUCACCACGUACAACACACUUUAUGAGAUAUUGACAGAGCAAGUAUGUACUCAAGUUGUACACAAACCACAUCCAGAGCCAGAUUCUACAGUGAAAAUUCAGAAUCCAAUGAUUCUUAAGGUGGUGGCAACUUUGUUAAAAAACUCUACACCAAGUGCAGAACUGAUGGAAGUUCGUCGUUUAUUUUUAUCUGACAUGGUAAAACUUUUCAGUAACAGUCGUGAAAAUAGAAGAUGUUUAUUGCAGUGUUCAGUUUGGCAGGAUUGGAUGUUUUCUCUUGGCUAUAUCAAUCCUAAAAAUUCUGAAGAACAGAAGAUUACUGAGAUGGUCUACAAUAUCUUCCGGAUUCUUUUGUAUCAUGCAAUAAAAUACGAAUGGGGAGGCUGGAGAGUCUGGGUGGAUACACUCUCGAUUGCCCAUUCCAAGGUCACUUAUGAAGCACAUAAGGAAUACCUAGCCAAAAUGUAUGAAGAAUAUCAAAGACAAGAGGAGGAAAACAUUAAAAAGGGAAAAAAAGGGAAUGUGAGCACCAUCUCUGGUCUUUCAUCACAGACAACAGGAGCAAAAGGUGGAAUGGAAAUUCGAGAGAUAGAAGACCUUUCACAAAGCCAAAGCCCAGAAAGUGAGACAGAUUACCCUGUCAGUGCAGACACUAGAGACUUGCUCAUGUCAACAAAGGUGUCAGAUGAUAUUCUUGGAAAUUCAGACAGACCAGGAGGUGGUGUACAUGUGGAAGUGCAUGACCUUUUAGUUGAUAUAAAAGCAGAGAAAGUGGAAGCAACAGAAGUAAAGCUGGAUGAUAUGGAUUUAUCACCAGAGACUCUCGUAGGUGGAGAGAAUGGUGCCCUUGUGGAGGUUGAAUCUUUGUUGGAUAAUGUAUAUAGUGCUGCUGUUGAAAAACUCCAGAACAAUGUACAUGGAAGUGUUGGUAUCAUUAAAAAAAAUGAAGAAAAGGAUAAUGGUCCAUUAAUAACAUUAGCAGAUGAGAAAGAUGAACUUCCCAAUAGUAAUACAUCAUUUCUCUUUGAUAAAAUGCCCAAACAGGAGGAGAAACUCCUUCCUGAACUUUCUAGCAAUCACAUUAUUCCAAAUAUUCAGGACACACAAGUACAUCUGGGUGUGAGUGAUGAUCUUGGGUUGCUUGCUCACAUGACCGGUAGUGUAGAUUUAACUUGUACAUCAAGUAUAAUAGAAGAAAAAGAGUUCAAAAUCCACACAACUUCAGAUGGAAUGAGCACUAUUCCUGAAAGAGACUUAGCAUCAUCAUCUAAAGGGUUAGAGUAUGCUGAAAUGACUGCUACAACUCUGGAAACUGAGUCUUCUGGUAGCAAAACUGUACCAAACAUUGAUGCAGGAAGUAUAAUUUCAGACACUGAGAGAUCUGACGAUGGCAAAGAAUCAGGAAAGGAAAUCCGAAAAAUCCAGACCACUACUACAACACAAGCUGUUCAGGGUCGGUCUGUCACACAGCAAGACAGAGAUCUCCGAGUUGAUUUAGGAUUUCGAGGGAUGCCCAUGACUGAGGAGCAGCGGCGUCAGUUCAGCCCAGGUCCACGUACCACAAUGUUUCGUAUUCCUGAGUUCAAAUGGUCUCCAAUGCACCAGCGACUUCUCACUGAUUUGCUGUUUGCACUAGAAACAGAUGUACAUGUUUGGAGGAGGGGGUAUGUAACUUUUUACUCUCAGCCAUACUCAUUAUUUUUAGUGUUUGACAUGUCUAAUGUUGAAAUUGUAUUUAAUUUUGAGAGGACGGAGUUGGAAAACAUUGAAGUGACACAAGGCAUGUCAGCUGAGACGGCGGUAACUUUCCUCAGCCGACUGAUGGCCAUGGUUGAUGUACUUGUAUUCGCCAGCUCUCUAAAUUUUAGUGAGAUUGAAGCCGAAAAAAACAUGUCUUCUGGAGGUUUAAUGCGACAGUGCUUAAGGCUAGUUUGUUGUGUUGCUGUGAGAAACUGUUUAGAAUGUCGGCAGAGACAGAGAGACAGGGGGAACAAAUCUUCCCAUGGAAGCAGCAAACCUCAAGAAGUGCCCCAAAGUAUUACUGCCACAGCAGCUUCUAAGACUCCAUUAGAAAAUGUUCCAGGUAACCUUUCUCCUAUUAAGGACCCCGAUAGACUUCUUCAGGACGUUGAUAUCAAUCGCCUUCGUGCUGUUGUCUUUCGGGAUGUGGAUGACAGCAAGCAGGCGCAGUUCUUAGCUCUAGCUGUUGUUUACUUCAUUUCGGUUCUGAUGGUUUCCAAGUAUCGUGAUAUAUUAGAACCCCAGCGAGAAACUGCAAGAACUGGAAGCCAACCAGGUAGAAACAUCAGACAAGAAAUAAAUUCUCCCACAAGUACAGUUGUGGUCAUACCAUCUAUUCCUCAUCCAAGUUUGAACCAUGGAUUCCUUGCCAAGUUAAUUCCUGAGCAGAGCUUUGCCCACUCUUUUUACAAAGAAACACCUGCUGCAUUCCCAGACACUAUAAAGGAAAAGGAAACACCAACCCCUGGGGAAGAUAUUCAGAUAGAAAGUUCCAUUCCUCAUACGGAUUCAGGAAUUGGAGAGGAGCAAGUGGCUAGCAUCUUGAAUGGGACAGAAUUAGAGCCUAGCCCAGGCCCUGAUGCCAUGAGUGAACUGUUAUCCACUUUGUCAUCUGAAGUAAAAAAAUCACAAGAAAGCUUAGCUGAGAACCCCAGUGAAAUGUUGAAACCUGCACCAUCCAUAUCUAGCAUUAGUCAAACCAAAGGCAUCAAUGUCAAGGAAAUAUUGAAAAGUCUCGUGGCUGCCCCAGUUGAAAUUGCAGAGUGUGGUCCCGAACCUAUCCCAUACCCAGAUCCAGCAUUGAAGAGAGAAGCGCAAGCUAUUCUCCCUAUGCAGUUCCAUUCCUUUGACAGGAGUGUCGUGGUGCCUGUGAAGAAGCCACCUCCAGGCAGUUUAGCUGUAACCACAGUAGGAGCCACUGCUGCUGGGAGUGGGCUGCCGGCAGGCAGUACCUCUAAUAUAUUUGCUGCUACUGGAGCUACACCAAAAAGUAUGAUUAAUACAACAGGUGCAGUGGAUUCAGGGUCCUCCUCCUCUUCCUCCUCUUCUAGUUUUGUGAAUGGUGCUACCAGCAAAAACCUUCCAGCUGUACAAACUGUUGCUCCAAUGCCGGAAGACUCGGCCGAAAAUAUGAGCAUCACUGCAAAACUUGAAAGAGCUCUAGAAAAAGUUGCUCCUCUUCUUCGUGAAAUUUUUGUAGACUUUGCCCCAUUCCUAUCUCGUACACUUCUUGGCAGUCAUGGACAAGAACUAUUGAUAGAAGGCCUUGUUUGCAUGAAGUCCAGCACUUCUGUGGUUGAGCUUGUUAUGCUGCUUUGUUCUCAGGAAUGGCAAAAUUCUAUUCAGAAGAAUGCAGGACUUGCAUUUAUUGAACUCAUCAAUGAAGGAAGAUUACUAUGCCAUGCAAUGAAGGACCACAUAGUUCGUGUUGCAAAUGAAGCAGAGUUCAUUUUGAACAGACAGAGAGCCGAGGAUGUACAUAAGCAUGCAGAGUUUGAGUCACAGUGUGCCCAAUAUGCUGCUGACAGAAGAGAGGAGGAAAAGAUGUGUGACCAUCUAAUUAGUGCUGCCAAACAUCGAGACCACGUUACAGCAAAUCAGCUGAAACAGAAGAUCCUUAAUAUUCUCACAAAUAAGCAUGGUGCCUGGGGAGCAGUUUCUCAUAGCCAAUUGCAUGAUUUCUGGCGUUUGGAUUACUGGGAAGAUGAUCUGCGUCGAAGGAGACGAUUUGUUCGGAAUGCAUUUGGCUCCACUCAUGCUGAAGCAUUGCUCAAAGCUGCCAUAGAGUACGGCACUGAAGAAGAUGUGGUAAAGUCAAAGAAAACAUUCAGAAGUCAAGCAAUAGUGAAUCAGAGCGCAGAGACCGAACUUAUGCUAGAAGGAGAUGACGACGCGGUCAGUCUGCUACAGGAGAAGGAAAUUGACAAUCUUGCAGGCCCAGUGGUUCUCAGCACGCCUGCCCAGCUCAUCGCGCCUGUGGUGGUGGCCAAAGGGACUCUCUCCAUCACCACGACAGAAAUCUACUUCGAAGUAGAUGAGGAUGAUCCUGCUUUCAAGAAGAUCGACACGAAAGUUCUUGCAUACACUGAGGGACUCCAUGGAAAAUGGAUGUUCAGCGAGAUACGAGCUGUAUUUUCAAGACGUUAUCUUCUCCAAAACACUGCUUUGGAAGUAUUUAUGGCAAACAGAACCUCUGUUAUGUUUAAUUUCCCUGAUCAAGCAACAGUAAAAAAAGUUGUCUAUAGCUUGCCUCGUGUUGGAGUAGGGACCAGCUAUGGUUUGCCACAAGCCAGGAGGAUAUCCCUGGCCACCCCUCGACAACUUUAUAAAUCUUCCAACAUGACUCAACGUUGGCAAAGAAGGGAAAUUUCAAACUUCGAAUAUUUGAUGUUUCUGAAUACUAUAGCAGGACGGACGUAUAAUGACCUGAACCAGUACCCCGUGUUUCCAUGGGUAUUAACAAACUAUGAAUCAGAAGAAUUGGACUUGACUCUUCCAGGAAACUUCAGGGAUCUAUCAAAGCCAAUCGGUGCUUUGAACCCCAAGAGAGCAGUGUUUUAUGCAGAGCGUUAUGAGACGUGGGAAGAUGAUCAAAGCCCGCCGUACCAUUACAACACGCACUAUUCAACAGCGGCCUCCACCUUAUCCUGGCUGGUUCGAAUUGAACCUUUCACAACCUUCUUCCUCAAUGCAAAUGAUGGAAAAUUUGACCAUCCAGAUCGAACCUUCUCAUCAGUUGCCAGGUCUUGGAGAACUAGUCAGAGAGAUACUUCUGAUGUAAAGGAGCUAAUUCCAGAGUUCUAUUACCUACCAGAGAUGUUUGUCAACAGUAACGGCUAUAAUCUUGGAGUCAGAGAAGAUGAAGUGGUGGUAAAUGAUGUUGAUCUUCCCCCUUGGGCAAAAAAACCUGAAGACUUUGUACGGAUCAACAGGAUGGCCCUGGAAAGUGAAUUUGUUUCUUGUCAACUCCAUCAGUGGAUUGACCUUAUAUUUGGCUACAAACAGAGAGGCCCAGAAGCAGUCCGUGCUCUGAACGUUUUUCACUACUUAACCUAUGAAGGCUCUGUGAACCUGGAGAGCAUCUCUGACCCUGUGCUAAGGGAGGCCACAGAGGCGCAGAUUCAGAACUUCGGACAGACACCAUCCCAGUUGCUCAUUGAGCCACAUCCGCCUCGGAGCUCUGCCAUGCACCUGUGUUUCCUUCCACAGAGCCCACUCAUGUUUAAAGAUCAGAUGCAACAGGAUGUGAUCAUGGUGCUGAAGUUUCCAUCAAAUUCUCCAGUGACCCAUGUGGCAGCGAACACACUGCCCCACCUGACCAUCCCUGCGGUGGUGACAGUGACCUGCAGCAGACUGUUUGCCGUGAAUCGAUGGCACAACACAGUAGGCCUCAGAGGAGCUCCAGGCUACUCUUUGGAUCAAGCCCACCAUCUUCCCAUUGAAAUGGAUCCGCUGAUUGCCAAUAACUCUGGUGUGAACAAACGGCAGAUCACAGACCUUGUUGACCAGAGUAUACAAAUCAACGCACAUUGUUUUGUGGUCACAGCCGAUAACCGUUAUAUUCUUAUCUGUGGAUUCUGGGAUAAGAGCUUCCGAGUUUAUUCUACAGAAACAGGAAAAUUAACUCAGAUUGUAUUUGGCCACUGGGAUGUGGUCACAUGCCUGGCCAGGUCUGAGUCGUACAUCGGUGGGGACUGCUAUAUUGUGUCCGGGUCUCGAGACGCGACCCUGCUUCUCUGGUACUGGAGUGGGCGUCAUCAUAUCAUAGGAGACAACCCUAAUAGCAGUGACUACCCUGCACCAAGGGCUGUCCUCACAGGCCAUGACCAUGAAGUUGUGUGUGUUUCUGUCUGCGCAGAACUUGGACUUGUUAUCAGUGGUGCUAAAGAGGGCCCCUGCCUAGUCCAUACAAUCACUGGAGAUUUGCUGAGAGCCCUUGAAGGACCCGAAAACUGCUUGUUCCCGCGUUUGAUUUCUGUCUCCAGUGAAGGCCACUGUAUCAUAUACUAUGAACGAGGGAGAUUCAGCAAUUUUAGCAUUAAUGGGAAGCUUUUGGCUCAAAUGGAGAUCAAUGAUUCCACACGGGCCAUUCUCCUGAGCAGCGACGGCCAGAACCUGGUGACCGGAGGGGACAAUGGUGUGGUAGAGGUGUGGCAGGCCUGUGACUUCAAGCAGCUGUACAUUUACCCCGGAUGUGAUGCUGGCAUUAGAGCUAUGGACUUAUCCCAUGACCAGAGGACUCUGAUCACGGGCAUGGCUUCGGGUAGCAUUGUAGCUUUUAAUAUAGAUUUUAAUCGGUGGCAUUAUGAGCAUCAGAAUAGAUACUGAAGACAAAUGAAGAACCAAAAGCCAAGUGAAAGCUGAGAGCACAAGUGCUGCAUGGAAAGGCAAUAUCUCUGGUGGGAAAAACUCGUCUCCAUCGACCUCCGUUUGUACAUUCCAUCACACCCAGCAAUAGCUGUACAUUGUAGCCAGCAGCCAUUUUACUUUGUGUGUUUUUUCACGACUGAACACCAGCUGCUUCCUUAAGCAAGCUUAUAUCAUGUAAAUUAUAUGAAUUAGGAGAUGUUUUGGUAAUUAUUUCAUAUAUUGUUGUUCAUUGAGAAAAGGUAGUAGGAUGCGUCACAAGAGACUUUUGACAAUUCUGAGGAACCUUGUGUCCAGUUGUUACAAAGUUUAAGCUUUAAACCUAACCUGCAUCCCAUUUCCAGCCUCUUUUCAAGCUGAGAAAAAAAAAAAGGAAAAAAAAACACGUUUGAUACUUUGUACAUCAGAUGCAUCUUAUUUAAAGGGAUACUUUUGUAAAAGUAAAACCUUGUAUAAAGAACAAAACGUUUCUUAAUUUUAUUGUGAAGUUACAACUUGCAUGUUCUUUAAUCCUGAUGUCUUGAUGAAACAGGUGCAUUCACACUAUGAAACAGAAGGAUCUGUCCAAGGACACAGCUUGUAUGAAAGGGUUGAAUCGGUAAUUUUUGACAUUUUCACCAAAAUAUGGUUUGCACUUUUUAAUCUAAAUUCAUCCCUCCUAAGUAAUUUGCUCAUAAAGCAUUUGGAUACUAAGCCAUUAUUUGCUGUUUUUGGUACUUAUACAAAGAAAAUUCAGCCCUACCCUUCAUAAUUUGAAGACACAGCAGAAAGGGGGCUUAGGGAUGGGGUCCUGGUUUUUAUUGUAUAAAUAGGAGUCCCGAUCAUUAGUUUCAUAGCAAUGACUCCCCAACUCCUGGACAUUUCCUCCAGAGUCAUCUGGCGUAGUGUGUGUACAUUAGUGGAAGAGAAUCUGAUGGUGGUUUUUGUUUGUUUUGUUUUGUUUUGUUUCUCUCUUUGGUUCUUGAAUAGCUUAGUUUCUUUACUAACAAGUCAGAUUUUAAUUAUAACAAUAACUGAACUUAUUCUUUUAGGUUAUUAUGAAAUUCUCACCUAAAGCCACAUUCUUAGCCUAAGGCACUUCAUCUUUUAUGAUAUAAAAUGAUGGCUAUAAAUGAUUUCCCAUACAUUGUACUGAUCAAGUUAUACACCCAGGGGUAUAUACACUUUGUUUCUUCUUUGUAUAUUUGGUGACUGUAUCGUCAUAGAUGUACAUAUUGUGUCGGUAGGGCUUAUGAGGCAUGUUACAGGAAUGUAAUUUUCUCAGAAUUUACACUCACUUGCAGUCAUUUAUUUAAAAAGAUAAAACAAGAUAAUGGGUUCUUUGUAUUGGCACUUUGCACCAGAAACAUUUCAUUAUUUAUUGAUGUGAUUACUUAUUUGUUAUUCACCUUGUACUAGUAAGUUUUAGUACUGAAAUCCUUCUUCAUUGUUGUUUGUAUUUAUGAGAUUCUGAAAUUCUGGGGAAUCAGCGUAAUGAUUAAGUUAUUCAUCACCAGGCUGUAAGCAAUAUCUUGAGUUUGUAGCUUAGAAUUGGGAGGACACUGAACAUCUGGAAGACAAGUUCAUUUCAUCUUGAGAUCAUGGUGAAAUAUUUUGGAUAUAUAAAUUCCUUAAGCUAUUGUAACCAUGUUUUAUUGCAAAGAUGUAAAAUAUGCCAGAUGUGUGUGAGUUGGAAAUUAAAAAAAGAAAAAUAAAAUAUGCAAAGAAUUCACUGAUUGUUUUA